AUGUCAAUGGUUGUAGGCCAAGAGUCAAUACUACUAUGGGCUCAAUUGAGAACCAGAGGAUAUGGGAAUGUCAAGGUACAAGACUUCUCAGAUAGUUGGAGUGAUGGACUGGCAUUCUGUGCACUUAUACACUCCUAUGAAGGAGACAAGCUGUUUAAGUUUGAUGAACUCAAGACAAUGGGCAAGAGGGAGUGUCUACAGCUUGCAUUGAACACAGCAACCAAGAUAGGUAUACCCGAUCUCUUGGACCCAGAGUUCAUGAUGAUCCCAGGUGGCAUGGAUAGGAGAUUGAUCACAACAUAUCUCUCAUUGUUAUACAAUCAUUAUAAGAAGGCAUACCCUGUGGCUGGUGACACGUCCACAUCAAAGAAGGGUAGCAAUCUUAGCAUUCAUGAUAUCAAUAGUGAGCAGCUGACCAAGCUACUCAUGAGAGAGCGUGAGAAGCGCAAGCAGGCAAGUGCCGCACAGGUCAAACCAAACAUUGACCCGGUCCUCGCGGCAAAGCGUGCCGAAGAAGAGAAGCAACGUACUGAGCGACGCAAGAGGAUUGAGGAGGAGGCCCGCCAGCGUCGCGAAGAAGAGGAGCUUCGCAAGAGACAGAGCUUGGAGGAGCUCAAGCAGCAACAAGGCAUAGACACCGUGGAGAAGACAACAUCGGCCAACGACCUGAAGAAGAGGAUCAGAGAGAUGGAGGUCAUCGAAAAGCUGCGCCAGAAGGAGGACGAGGAGCGACGCUCGAGGAAGAGUCUGGAGCGACCGGACAAGCGCACAUCUCAAUCAAUCACACCGGAGCAACUGCAGCAGCAGAUGAAGGAGUGGGCCGAGGAGGAGGCGUCCGAGGAGCGCAAGAAGAAGAAAGCCGAAGAAGAGCGACAACGCGAGAUCAAACUGCUGGCCACCAUGACCGAGAAGGAGAAGAAGCGCUACAUGCUCGAGAUUGAACAGAGGAGGAUCGAGACCAGACGAUUGGAGCGUGAGAGGACUAAGCAGAUGCGUGAAGAGCUCGUCAAAUCCGAGGAGGACAAAGAAAUUGAAGAGCGCAGGAAGGAGCGAGAGAGAGAGAAGGAGAGAAGGACCCAGGAACGCGAAGCCAGAGAGAAGCAAGAGCGUGAUGAGCGCGAGAGGGAGGCUGAACAGGCCGCCCAGAAGGAACGUGAGAAGCGCGCGCUCAGAGAGAAGGAGAGAGAGCAGAAGGAGCGACUGGAGAGACAACAACGCGAGAAGGACUCACUGGAGAAGGCCGCCCGUCAAGAGCAACGUGAGCGUGAGCUGUUGGACAAACGUAUACAACAAGAGAGGAUGGAGAAGGAAGCAAGACGUCUGGAGCGACAGAAGAAGGAACAGGAAGAGAUUGAGGACCAAGAGUUGUGGGAGCGUGAGCGCGAAGAAAGAGAACGCGAAGAGGAGCAACAAAGAAUGGCCGUCGUCGAGAAGUUCCUUGAUCCACGCGAGUACAAGAAGGUCCAGGAGCGAGUCAAGGAGCUGCGCGAUAAAGACGAUACAGACUUUGAGGAGCAAAAGGAAAGAGAGCGCGAACAGAGACGCAAGGAAAAAGAGCGCAGAGACCGCGAGGAAAAGGAGAGAGAGGACCGCGAGCGUGAGGAGAGAGACCGCGAGAGAGAGAACAGAAGAAAAGAACGCGAGCGCCGCGAGAAGGAGGCAAAGGAUCGCGAGGAAAAGGAAAGACUGGACCGCGAGAAGGAGAGAGAGAACAGAAAGAAGGAGCGAGAGAUGAAGGAAAAGGAACAGAGAGAGCGCGAGCAAAAGGAACGCGAAGAGAAGGAGCGUGAGCGUGAUGAGCUGAACAAGAAGAAUGAGGCCAGGAGGAAGCAAAAGGAGAAGGAGGACCAGGAGAAGGACCGCGUGGAGCUGGAGAAACUCAAGAAAGAGAAGGUGGCCAAGGAGAAGGAGCGCGAUGAAAAGGUGCGCGAGUCUGCCAAGGUGCUGGACGACUAUGAGAUCGCCAAGCUGAAGCGCGAAGAGGAGCGACGUCUCAAGCGUGAGCAAAUCGAACGCGAGAUAGAGGAGGAGAAGAAGAGGAUGGAGGCCGAGAAGGAGGCCCGCAGACAACUUCGUAACGAGCGACGUGGAAUCGAAAUAUCGAGCUCAUCAUCGUCUGAGAACCUAAAGACACCAGUCAUCAGCAGCCCCGUGUUGCCAGCCACGCCAGAGAAGGCACCCUCCACCAAGGAGGAGUACUUUGAACAGAAGCGACGUGAGCGUGAGGCCAAGAAGAAGGAGCUGGAAGAAGAGGAGCGCAGGAUUGAGGAAGAAAGAAAGCGCAGGAUUGAGGAAAGGCGUCUGGAGCGCGAGCGCAAAGAUCGAGAAUUGGCUGAGGAGCAGAAGCGACUGGAAUUAGAGCGUGAGGAAAGGCGCAAGAAGCGUCUGGGCUAA